CUUUCGGCGAGUGAAGGCUAAAGCUUGGACUAUUUCAUAGGAAGUAAAGGACACCGGCUUGUACGUAUUCCCCGGCUUGUACUCAACAUUUGUUCGUUUCUGUGAGGCAAAUGCCAUUUGUUCUUAGUUUGUAUCGAGAUCGAGUCUCCAAGGUGGUUGUCCUUUGCGUCCUGUUCUGCCCCUCCCAAAAAAAAAAAAAAAAAAAAAAAAACCUUGUGCUUGUCACUUGCAAUUAUACAGCUCAAUCCCGAUUCCCCCCACCCAAUCUGUGUACUUAACAUAGCAAACUGGAUACAAUCUCUGCUCGUCUGAGUGCGAACAUCAGGAUUAAUGGCACUCCAUGAAGAUGAUUCAGUGCUCGAUAAACUGGAGUUAGCGUGUUCGGAUUUGAAAAAUCUGCUGCAUACAUCGGCCAAAAUGGACGAAAGCCUCGAACAGAUGGACGAGAAGUUUGACCGUAUAGAUGAAACACUUUCGACUGCCUUAAGAAGAGUGGCUCCUUUACAAUCUUUGGCGAUGGCCACGAAAGCCCUCGAUACCCGAAUCAACCGCGCUGUCACUCCCGCUCUUGCUCUCCUCGACAGCUUCAAACUCUCGGAGUCUCUACAGGACAAGCUCCUCGAGCUCUCAUCCAGUCUUUCGGCCGAGGAAACACCCAAGAAAAGGCUCAAGAAACUUCUCAAAUAUCUGGACUGUGUUGAUCAGUUGAAUGCGGCCAUAAACGCGAUUAGCCAAGACGGAGAGCCGGUGAUACAAAAGCUUCAAGAAGUGGUGGAGUUCUUGAGCAGGACCAAGGCCACGGAUCAGUACAGGACGCUUACGCUCAGAGAGACCCUGAUUACUCUCAAAGCUCUCUAUGAAACUGAGGUUGAUGCGAUGAAAUUUGAUGGGCUGCUUGAUGAGGCUCUAUUGAAUAUGCAGGACGAGUAUGAGAGCAUAUUGCUGCGUUUAAAGCAUCAAAAUAUAGGGGAGUUGCAAGUUGAUGGAGAAUCUGAGAUAGUGGCAUCUGAUUUAGGUACAGAUCUGGAAAUUCAAGUUCUUCAACGAAUUUCCGGAACCCUGGCUGCCAAUGAUUGUUUAGACAUAUGUAUUGGCAUCUUUGUCAAGGUGAGAUACAGAAGGGCAGCCAAAGCACUGAUGAGGCUAAACCCAGAGUACCUAAGAACACGCACACCAGAAGAAAUUGAUGAGAUCGAGUGGGAGACCUUGGAGACAGCAAUAACCCUCUGGAUUCAACACUUGGAAGUCGCAGUAAAAACCGUGCUCAUCUCAGAAAAGAAACUGUGCAGCCGAGUUCUGGGAAAAAUCAUGGAGGGCGUAGUCUGGCCAGAAUGCUUCGUUAAGAUCGCUGACAAAAUCAUGGCAGUCUUCUUCCGGUUCGGGGAGGGCGUAGCCAGGAGCAGAAAAGAGCCCCAUAAGCUGUUCAAAUUCUUGGACAUGUUCGACUCCUUGGAAAAACUUAAACCCGAGUUCUCAAAUACCUUCGACAGCGAAGCCGGGGCCGAUAUCUGUACGCGGUUCCGAGAACUCACAAAGCUCCUUGUUCACGCAACAAGCAAAGUGUUUUGGGAAUUUGGCCUCAAAAUUGAAGGCAAUUCGGAUGGUCUUCCUCCACCACGGGACGGCUCAGUCCCGAAACUGGUCCGAUACGCCAUAAACUUCCUCAAAUACCUGGCGACUGACAAUUACAGAGCACCCAUGGGCAUGGUUCUCCGAACAGAGCAAAUAUGGAAAGCUGGGAUUCGGUCAAAACCCGAAAUGGACGACGAUUUACUCAAGUACGCCAUUACAAACGUCAUGGACGCUCUUCAAAGAAACGUCGAAAGCAAAAGGUCGCGCUACAGGGACAACAUUCUCCCCCACAUAUUCGCUAUGAACACGUACUGGUACAUUUACAUGAGGACCAGAAGCACCGAGCUGGGCCUACUUCUGGGAGAGCCAUAUAUUAAAGACACGUACAAGGCGAUUGCCGAGGAAUCGGCUUACAGGUAUCAGAAGCAAGCUUGGGGGCCUCUCGUGAGGCUGUUGGAUGGGGAAGAUUUGAAGAGGGUGCAGAGCAAGGAGGCAAUGGGAAGUUUAGCGAAAGUAAAAAUGGAGACUUUUAUGAAGGGUCUGGACGAGAUUUCGCUGGGGCACAGAGAGUCUUAUAGCAUUGUUGAUUUGGAUCUGAGGGAGCAGAUCAAGAAAGCCACGGUGAAGCUUGUGAUGCCGGCUUACACCGAUUUCGUGAACACGUUCUCUCCCGUGUUGCAGGGGAAAUUGUAUGUCAGCCCGCAGCCGAUGCAAGUGUUGCUGGGUCAGAUCUUUGACGGUGGUGAUGUGAAGUUGAAGAGGCGGGAUUCCAAAGAUCGGGUGGCUAGGGAUAAUUCAGGGUCUAUUGAGCGGGAGAUCAGGGGUUUUAGACGGUCCAGAUCUAACACCAGUGAAGUGUGAAAUCGCAUCUGGCCGUCCAUUCGUUUAAGGAGUUUUUUUGUUUUUUAGGCCAUUCGUUUAAGGAGUUAGAUCUGUUCGAUGUGCGGAUUAUAAAUAAUGUCCUUUUUCUUUUCUUUUUUUUUUUUUCUUUUUGUUGGAAAUUCUCCAAUAUAUUUUCUCGUGUAUUAAAGCCUAAAUUCGGAUAUA